UUGCCGAGCGGUAUAUUUCGCUGACGUGUAUAAAAUAUCGAGGGACAGGCGGUGCUUUUUGAGCGAUUUUCUUUUAUUUUCCUAUAGAAUAUAAGCGGCGUGUGAAAGCGCAACCAGCAGAUAGGAAAAUGUUAAAGUUAGGUCUCAUCCUCCUCUGCGUGAUGGUCGCCUGCGGGCCGACGUGGAGGGCCCGUACCGUGGACAGCCACCUGGGCCAAAAGGAUCUCAGCCGCCUGCAAAAGGUAUUCGUGGACGGAUUUGGCUCGAGUGACCUGCAGUCCAUCUUCUUCUCCAGCCUCAACAUCCAACUGACCGACGCCACCCAGAAGGAGCCGCUGUGCAAGAAGAUUGCCACGCUGCAUGCGGAAUCCAAGCUGAACAGCUUCGAAAAGGACUACUACUACAUUGGUGCUAGCAGGAAUCUGGGUUGCUCCGCGAAAAUCGACGAGAGUCUGCUCUCCAAGGUGUACGCUUCCCUGAACUCGGAGCUGGGCAGCUCCCAGGAGAUCUUCUACCGCGUGGUCACCCACAAGGUGCUCGGCGUGGAGGUCAAUGAAGCCACUCAGGGAAAACUGGUGAAGCGCCUGCAGGAACUGCUGAAGAAGGAUGACACGCUCAGCGGUCUGGGUUACGCCUUCAACGUGGCCCCUCUUCUGGGUCCCAGUGCCUCGUUUAUCGCCAAUCGCGUAGAGGAUGCCAUCGUGCAAGCGGACGAAGUGGACGGCAAGCUCCUCCAAUUCGAAGGUGGCCUCAGCAUCACCUCGCUGAUCAUCAAUGGUGCUUUCGGCGUGAGCAAGACCUUCAACAAGCCCUCACCCGUCACUGCCGAUCAGGCUGUCAAGUUCGCCAACUACUUCCUCAGCCGGCGGUCUGUCCAAACCGCCAAGGGAGCUCAUGUGCUGAUCGAGGCGCUGAAGACCAUCAGUGCCGCCGAUAAGAUUGCCCCCGUUUGCGUGCAGCUCAUCGGCAACGGUCAGCUGGAGGCCCAGUCGCCCACUCUCAACGUGGCAGUUGUUGAUCUGCUCGGCAAGCCUUUGUCGCCCGCCCCUAAAGCCAUCAAUGCCAAGGUAAUCCGCAAGAAGGACAGCUCUGUGCUAGCUGAGAAGAUUGCUGUGGCCUCGAAAUCCUCCGACAAGACCACCUAUGUGGCUGAUUUGGCCAGCUUGAAGCCAGCUCGCGGCAUUUACCAGGCGGAGUUGAAUGCCGAUGGUGUCUACACUCAGACUUUGCAGUUCAAGAUUCUUGGCCGCGUCAAGGUUCAAUCUCUGGAGCUGGGCAUUGCCGAGUCUGAUGCCAGCGCUGCCACCCGCAAGCAGAGCGUGACCUAUCCAGGUAAACUGCAGGAGGUUCUCUCUGCGGACACCACCCAGAAGCUGCUGCUGAAGGCCGUGCUGGUCGAGGAGUCCAAUGGAAAGCCCCUGGCUGUCCAUCAGGCCUUCGUCCGACUGUACAACAAGAAAACCGACAAGGAGAUCAUCUUUGUAGCCGAGCAGGACAGCAGCAAGGCCUACAAGUUUGACAUGGAUGUGGGCAACAAUGGCAAGAACUUCAACUACCAGAGCGGAACCUACAGCAUUUACUUGACCGUGGGCGAUGCCUCCCUGUCCAACUCCUUCGAGUGGUUGGUGGCUGAAGUCCAGUUGAAAUUUAGCGAGGACAAAGAAGUCAAGCCAAAGACCACAUCUGGUCCCCUGCCUGAGAUAAUCCAUCAGUUCCGUGUGCCCGACAAGCGUCCGCCUCGCAUUGUGUCCGACAUCUUCACCGGACUGUGCAUAACACCGCUGGUGCUUCUGUUCGUGUUUUGGGGCAAGCUUGGCAUCAAUGUGUCCAACCUGACCCUGGCGCCCAGCACGAUCGGCUUCCACCUGGGCUUCGGUGGCAUCCUGGUGCUAUUCUUCGUCUUCUGGCUGCAACUGAAUAUGUUCCAGACACUGCGCCUGCUGAUCCCCAUCGCAGUAUUCACAUUCCUGUCUGGCAACCGAUUGCUGAGGCGUCUCUACGCACAACGUAACUCGAAGGCCAGUGCGUCGUAAAUCCGUUCAUCACUGUACGAAGUCAAUAAGUGAGCUACUCUCUAUCUUGCAACUCCAUCAGAAAAACAAAAAACUUUAAUAAAGCGAUUUAGUUAAGCCCAAAUACACACACUAAAAGCUGUU